UUGCUAUAAAUAUGCAGCUCUUAUAGCAGAAUAGGCACCAGAAUUAAGAGUGUAGAGAAGCAUUAUUUGAGAACACAAACUAAAAUGGAGGUAGAGCAAGUGCUUCACAUGAAUGGAGGAAUUGGGAAAACAAGCUAUGCAACCAACUCUCUACUUCAAAGAGCUGUGAUUUCGAUGGUGAAGCCCAUAGUUAAGGCAAGCAUAGAGCAGCUUUGCAGCAAACUCUUCUCUGACUGUUUGAAAAUAGCAGACUUGGGAUGCUCUUCCGGACCCAACACCCUUUUGGCGGUAUCAGAUAUCAUACACAACAUCCAUGCCACCUUCCAAAAACUGAACCGUCCAUCUCCUUCACUCCAAGCCUUCUUGAAUGAUCUUCCCGGGAACGAUUUCAACACUGUGUUCAGGUCAUUGCCAGGGUUCUACAAGAAACUUGAGGAAGAACAGAAGUUGGGGCCAUGUUUCAUUACUGCAAUGCCUGGUUCUUUCUAUGGCAGGCUCUUUCCAAACAAUUCUCUACACUUUGUUCACUCUAAUUAUGCCCUUAUGUGGAUCUCUGAGGCUCCAAAAGGUUUGAUUACCAGGGAAGGAGAGGGACUAAACAAGAAGAACAUAUGUAUAGCAAAAACAAGCCCAUAUGCUGUGUAUAAGUUGUAUGUGGAGCAAUUCAAAAAGGACUUCACAGUGUUUUUGAGGUCACGAGCAGAAGAGCUGGUCCCCGGAGGAAGUAUGGUCCUCACCACAAUGGGCAGCAUAAAGAGCCAUGACCCACUUUGCAUUUGGGAAGUUGUCGGACUCAAACUCAAUGAUAUGGUUUUAGAGGUAAUGUGUGGCCUAGAUAAUUAAACCUAAAUGUCUAUGUACCAAAUAGGAACAAAAUAAAAGCAACUAAAUAUGAACCACAACAGUUUAUGACCAC